AGUGUAUGGUGGUUGCUUGCUGUCAUCUGCACAGGCAAAGAUGGCCUCCAAGCGAAUCACCCAGGAAACCUUUGACACAGCCGUGCGUGAGAACAUCGAGGAGUUUGCAAUGGGGCCGGAGGAGGCGGUGAGAGAGGCCGUGGAGCAGUUUGAAUCACAAGGGGUCGAUCUGAGCAACAUUGUAAAGAUGGUACCUAAAGUCUCUGUGGAUGGACCCCAGGAGCCCACACACGACGUCCUACAGGCCCUGGAUGACCUGCAGAAGUCUGUGGCCUGCUCUUGCCUUCAGGAAGUAUCCACACACCUCGCCCGCUUCUGCGACCAGUGCAAGGAGGUCAAGGCCUGCCGCUUCCUGGCGGCCCAGAAAGGGGCCUACCCCAUCAUUCUCGCCUCCUGGAAGCUGGCCGUCAAGGGGGAUCAGGGCCUCCUGCUCCAGGCCCUCAGUGCCCUGUCGGUGCUGACUGAUGGCCAGCCGGACCUCCUGGAUGCCCAGGGCUUGCAGCUGCUGGUCGCCACACUGGCCCAGAAUGCCGACACAGCCGAUCUGACCUGCUCUGCAAUCCGCUGUGUACGCCAUGCCUGCCUGAAGCAUGAACAGAAUCGCCAGGACCUGGUGAAGGCCGGUGUGCUGCCCCUCUUGACCAGCGCCAUCACCCGGCACGGCCGCCAUGCCAGUGUGGUCAGGGAAGCCUGCUGGGCCCUGCGCGUCAUAACCUUCGACGAUGAUAUCCGUGUGCCUUUUGGCCAUGCCCAUGACCACGCCAAGAUGAUUGUGCUGGAGAACAGAGGCUUGAAGGUGCUCAUUGAGGCCAUCAAAGCCUUCCUGGACAACCCCGGUGUCCUGAGUGAGCUCUGCUGCACCCUGUCCCGCCUGGCUGUCCGCAACGAGUUCUGCCAGGAAGUUGUCGACCUUGGAGGCCUAGACGUCCUGGUGACCCUGCUGGCCGACUCUCGUGACCACCAGGUGGGGCCCCAGAGCCACCUUUGGGACCUCGUGAAGCAAGUGCUGAGCGCCCUGCGAGCCAUCGCGGGCAACGAUGAUGUGAAGGAUGCCAUUGUGCGUGCCGGCGGAACGGAGUCCAUUGUGGCUGCCAUGACCCAGCACCUGACCAGCCCCCAGGUGUGUGAGCAGAGUUGUGCAGCCCUGUGUGUCCUGGCCUUGCGCAAACCUGACAACAGCCGGAUCAUCGUGGAGGGAGGCGGGGCCCUGGCAGCCCUGCGGGCCAUGGAGGCGCACCCUCGGGAGGCUGGCGUGCAGAAACAAGCCUGCAUGCUGAUCCGCAACCUGGUGGCCCGGAGCCAGGCCUUCUCAAAGCCCAUCCUGGACCUGGGGGCCGAGGCGCUCAUCACGCAGGCCCGAGCGACCCACCGUGACUGCGAGGACGUGGCCAAAGCCGCCCUGCGGGACCUGGGCUGCUGCGUCGAGCUCCGAGAGCUGUGGACAGGCCAGAAGGGUGACCUGGCACCGUGACCCCAGGCCCAGGUGGGCCAUGACUCGGGUGAGUCAUGUGACUCAGGAACAGAGAGACCCAUGUCCUGCCACCUGCUCCCCCAGGCCUGUCCCCCACAGUGAGAGGUGUUUCCUGACAGGCCCUAGUAAUGGCUGGGGGAGUGCUGACGGGGUGUCUGCAGGGCAGAGAGCAUCCCCUGGGCCCCAGCCUUCCCUCGUCAGCUGGCAACAUCGACAUCACCGCUCUGCCCCUCCCCCAUGCCUUCUCCACUCAGAAGGGGCAAAGGGCACAUCCUGUCGCCCACUGCCCUUGGCAGCCACGUGGGCCGGUCUCAGCAGGGCCAGUGAUCCCGCAGGCUUGGGACCCUGACACUUUCUCUUGCAAGUCCAUGCAGGCCGCUGCUUCUCGUUUUUCUCAUUGUAGAAUGGGUCUCAGAGGUCUUGUCCCACAGCUUGUCUGUCUCCAAGUCCUGUGCCCACCGUGGUUCCUGGUAAUAAAAGACCAUCAGAUGAAUAUCA